AAUGUUGUUUAUUAUUGUUAGAACCCGGCGUUGCAGUGGUAGGGUUUGAUUGAAACCACUACUGUGCGAUGAAGUGGACUUUGUCAUUGAAAUCGAAGAAUAUUUAAUUAGGUGUAUUAAUUUUACACUGUGACAGUCGUCUACGGAACCCACAGCUGGUCAAGAUGCCACCUAUAUCAGAAAACAACCCCCAGGACCAGCUCGAGUCGUACAAAGUGCCUACAAUCGGUAUCAUUUACCCGCCUCCGGAACUGCGUAACAUCGUUGAUAAGACAGCCGGUUUCGUUGCACGAAAUGGACCCGACUUUGAAGCGCGAAUUCGUCAAAAUGAAAUUAACAAUGCAAAGUUUAACUUUCUCAAUCCCGGCGAUCCGUACCACGCGUACUAUGAACACAAAGUGAAAGAACUUAAAGAAGGUAAAGGUCCGGAAGAACCACCUCCCCCGGCGCCUGUAGUGCAGCCUGCCCCUCCUAGACCUAUUGUUCUACAAAGACCGGAAGUUACGAAGAUAGCCGAGCCAAAGGUUGUGCCUAAAGAGCCUCCCAGAGAACAUGAAUUUAUCGUUGAUCCUCCGUCUAUAUCUGCAAUGGAAUUGGACAUCGUCAAGCUUACCGCGCAGUUUGUCGCUCGAAAUGGAAAGAACUUCCAAACGAACCUUAUGAAUCGCGAGCAACGAAACUUCCAGUUUGAUUUUCUACGGCCUCAGCAUUCCCUUUUUCCCUAUUUUCGUAAGUUGGUGGAGCAGUAUACCAAAAUCCUGAUUCCAGACAGUGGUCUCGAUGCGGAGCUCGAACAACGAUCGAAAAACCCUGAGAAAGUACUUUCUGAUGUUCGCUAUCGCGUUGAGUGGGUAAAACUUCAGGAAUCCGAGCGGAGGAAACGUGAGGAAGACGAGGAACGCGAAAGGGUCCAGUACGCGCAGAUUGACUGGCAUGACUUUACUAUUGUGGAGACAGUAGAUUACAUGCCGAACGAACAGGGCAAUUUCCCGCCGCCGACCACACCUCAAGAGGUUGGUACACGUGCGCUAUUGCAACAGCGUCUAGAGAAUGAAGAAAUCGAUGUCGAGAUGGAGGUCGAUUCAGACGAGGAUGAGGAUGCAGCGAAGAAGCAGCCAGCGCCGGCUUCAGCUCCAAGCACCUCUGCCACUGCAGCGCCACCACUUCCACCCGCACCAGAAACUUCGAAGGCUGCGGAGUUCGUGCCACCACCUCCGAUGCCCCCCGUACCAGAUAAAGUUGUCGUCAAGAAUUUUAACCCACAACAGAAGCGACCGACGCCGGUAUCCAUCGGACCAAAAUUCCUCAUAUCACCUAUCACUGGCGAACGUGUGCCCGCUGACAAGAUGGAGGAGCAUAUGCGGAUUGGGCUGCUCGAUCCACGUUGGGUGGAACAGCGUGACAAGCAGAUGCAAGAGAAGAUGGCUCAGGAGGAGGUGUUUGCACAAGGCUCGUCUAUCGAAAACUCGCUUAAACACUUCGCCGAGCGGCGUACCGAUAUUUUCGGACAGGAAGAGACCGGAAUCGGUAUGCGAGUUGGCGAAGAGGAAGAAGAACGCCAACCAGAAAAGCCCAUCUGGGACGGUCACUCUGCUAGUGCCGAGGCUGUGGCGCGUCAGGCACGCGCCAAUAUCACUGUCGAGCAGCAAAUUCAACAAAUUCACAAAAUGAAGGGUUUGGUAGCCGAUGACGACAAGGAAAAGAUUGGUCCCGCCAAGCCUACGGCGGGUUCUUCACCCCGGCAAGCGGCUCCACCGGCCCCGACAGGACCGCCACGUCCGCUACCGCAAGUGUCGCAUCAACCUCGACCAUCCCACCACCGGCUACCUGCACCGCCGCGACCACCCCAUCGACCGCCACCUCCUCCGCAGCAGGUGUUAGCUCCAGCGCCACCUCAAAUGAUGAUGUCUCGACCUCCACCCCCAAUGUUGAGCGGGGUACCACCACCUCUAAUGAUGGCUCCAGCUGCACCGCUAAUGAUGCCCGUUCUACCGCCGCAGGCACCACCACCAUUUGUCCCGGUUCUCCCUCCGGUUCCACCACCUGUAACGGCUCCUAUUCCACCACCGCCUCCGCCCGGCGCAGCAAUAGAGCCGAUGGAGGCGCCACCAGGCGACGAGCCCGCUUCGAAGAAGACCAAGACGGAAGAUCAGCUCAUCCCGGAGGAAGAAUUUUUGAGAAGUCAGCCUUCAGAUGUUGUCGCGGUACGCAUCGCUGUACCCAACAUGGCGGACAAAACGGAAUGGCGGUUAACUGGGCAAAUGGCCACGAUAAGCGUGCCGUUGAGAGAGACGUUCAGUGCGCUCAAGUCUCGCAUCCAGGAGCUGACAGGCAUGCCGCCGGGAAAACAGAAACUUGUGUACGAUGGUAUCUUCGUCAAGGAUAACAAUUCCUUGGCAUUCUACAACGUCGUGACAAAUGGCGUUGUACAAUUACAACUCAAAGAGAGGGGGGGGCGCAAGAAAUAGUUUUCAUAUAUAUAUAUAUAUAUAUAUAUAUAUGAUAGAAUAUUAUUUUUUUCGUAUUUUACAUGUCAUUGCUUCGAUAUAUGAAUCCCGCAGCAGACUUAUAGUUGUACAAGGGUAGCAUUGAUGAUCCAUAAUGACACAAACACUGUAAUAAUAAUAAUAAUAAUAAUCAAGUAAUAUUGAAAGUCUAAAAUCUUAACAUUAUUUUCUUCUUGAUUAGUCAUUGGUCUUUUGUGGAUAAUGGUUUCUAUGUAUUAAUUAGUUAUAUAGAAGUCGUAAACAAAAACGCUUUAAACAGAUUUUUUUAAUCGUCGGUUCGGUUCAAGGGUUUACUGUAAAAAUAAAAUAGGCAAAUGCUUAAUAAGAAAGAAAAUGCCCAGUCAAAUAUCGAAAAUCUAGAAGUUUUAUAAAAAAGAUGGUACAAAUGGAAAUCAUAAUGAUCGCCAUGCUAUGACAACCACAAUGCAGGAAACCGAAAAGGACUAAGAUUUUUGUUUUCGUUCGAUAACUUUCGGGAAAAACGUGUACAGGAACCCGGGUAUCCGAACCGACCUACUAAAGAGGUAUUACCUUACAAUAUACAACCAUACCACAAUAACUGUCCUAGGAGCCGUAAUAUUCACUUAAUGGUAUUACAGUUUAUACAUAAUUAGUGUUUAUUCUGUAGGCCCACCUACCGUAAUUCAUGUAUUUAACAUAUCCAAAGCGAGCUGCAGAUUAGAUAUAUGCUCAGUGUACUUCUUUGGGCUCUUUAUUCAUUUUUAUGACAUCGAACAUAAAGCUUAGAACUAAAAUAUGUAAGGAGCUUAAUACUCAUACCGGCUAACUCAACAGUUCAGCCUAAAUAGCGAAAAGUAAUACGACAUCUUAGCUGCGACAACCAAGCUUGUUAACGCUAUGCGCGUGCCUACCCAUGUUAUAGAUGAGUACAAAGAUACACAUGGCCAACGGAGUCAAGUCUUUGCCGGAACUAACGAAAACAUGACGGCCACGUUGCGAGACAACACAUUACAUACUACUACUAUGCACAUCGAGGGCAGGUAACUCGUUGUUUAGUAAGACAUCGUCCGGGCACGACUAAAAACGUUUAACAGUUGCAAAAAAUAGAGCGUCACUCAGAGGCAUAAAACCUUUGGCCACAGUCACUUUGAACUGAACGGGCUCUUUUCUCAAAAAAAUUAACCUUCGCUUGAACAGGGUUUAACGAAACUGAUGAGAAAGAUGGCCGUAGUUGCCACUGAAAUGGUUGUGCCUCACAACCCCGAGGCACCUAGUAAUGAGUAAAGUCCAAUACGAAUAUGUCAGUUCGCAUACCUGUUGCACAUGACCUGAGUCUUUGAACCAACAAUCUCCGUUAGCAAUGCGGGCCCUUUCUGUUAUCAAUUUGAACCUUAGUUGUCAAGAUGUCAUCGAAGAUCAUUUGAUAGAUGAGCAUUGUGCGUUUUCUUUUUUGAGAGUAAUGCGCGUCGUUCCUUGAAAGCUUGAUUUCUAUUGCAUGGCAAAACUCAAAAGACCUAUCAGCAGUGCAGUAAUGCGUGUAUUUCUAUUAACACGGGUAUAUAUACAUGAUAUUUAAAUAAUAGUAUGUACAUCAGCUGAAUACACUCUUAUAUGAAUGUAAUAAAUGAUAAGAAGAUAGUUGAAGGUGGACCUAUGACAUAUGGUCCGUUAAGAAGGAACAGGAAAGGACUCUUUGAGAGACCCUACUUUUAAUAAAUAUAUAUAUUUUAGAGGUGAAGAACUGCGGAAGCAGUUCUUCACCUCUAAAAUAUGCCGCAGUGACGGUUAUUUUUGGCAACAUGCGGAUAUAACCUCUUUUAAAAAGAGUAAAACGACCUGCUAAGCUCUUUUCUGCAUAUAUAGUUACAA